CGCUUUGCAGCCCACCAACCAAGAUGGCAGGCUUCCUACGCGGAAAGCAAGCUGGUAUCCAGCAUGACCUUUCUGCGGCAAUACUUCCAGGCCUAUUUGCGCCAGAUGACCAAGCUCGAUUCGGAAUCAACUCGCAGAUUGGAUCCUUAGCAUACGAUCCCGUACAAUCCCUCCUCGCGAUAGGAACGAACGAAACAAGCUUUGGCAGCGGACAGAUAUACAUAUUCGGUCAGAAUCGCGUCCAAGUCGUCCUCACGCUACCCCGCCGAGCUUCAGUCAAGACACUUCAAUUUGUCUCCGACCGCCUCAUAAGUCUCGACUCGAAGAACGAACUGAUAAUAUGGGACCUCGCGACGGGGAAGAAGAUUGCCAACUACUCGCCGCCAGGCGUAGUUACGGCGCUGGUGACUGAUCCUAUGCUGGACUGGGCGUUGAUCGGAUUGCAAAGUGGAGAGGUCAUUGCCUAUGACAUCGACCGGGAGAAAUUGGCACCUCUCCGGCUGCCAAAUUUCUGGAGGGAGCGGAAUCCACGCUCGAGAUUACUGUCUAUUGUUUCUAUGCAGCUACAUCCCCGGGACAUUGGCCAGCUGUUGAUAGGGUAUACUGAUGGUGCUUGUAUCUAUUCAUUCAAGCAGGCCAAGCCGAUCAAAUACUUCGAUUAUGAGGUACCGGUUGGGGCACCGGGUGGCGAUUCGGACCCUUUGGCAGCUGACAAGGCACGGAAACCACGUCUUACGAACGUCUUCUGGCAUCCUUCAGGAACAUUUGUUGGUACUGCAUAUGAUGAUGCGAGUAUGGUGUUUUGGGAUCCAAAAGAUGGCAGAAUCGUAAUGGCGAGAACCUUGACGGACUGCCAUGUCGACAAACCAGGAACUACGUCAAACGCCUUUGGCAACACACCGGGAACCCUGGCUAUCAAAGAGCCAUUUGCGAGGAUUGCAUGGUGUUGUAAGGACAAUCCUGAUGAUACUGGUAUCCUGGUCGCUGGUGGCGCACCAACUACCCUCCCACAAAAGGGAUUGACCUUUAUUGAGCUAGGGCCGACUCCAGUGUAUGCAACAUCAACUUGGCCAAUCCUGACAGAUCAUUUCCAAACCAAAAAGCAGCAUUUCCUUCCUACUCCCGAGGGUGCCGAGAUCGUAGACUUCUGUCUCGUUCCUCGUGCAUCGCCUCAUUUUGCUGGAGCGCAAAAUCCUAUCGCCGUCAUUGCUCUUUUGACUUCAGGAGAGCUAAUUACAUUGAGCUUUCCUUCUGGAUACCCCAUCUCACCUACAAAUCAACUACAUCCUUCGGUCUGCUUUGUUCAUCCUUUCGUAACACACAUGGCUGUCACACCUGUGGAUAGAGGCAGAUGGCUGGGCAUGACUGAGAGCCGUCAGCAAGGACCUCAGUUAGUAAAAGGUGGUGCCGAAGCCACACACCCCAUGAAGAGAUUUGAGGCUCGGAAUAUCAUUCAGAUGGCCCACGGCGAUGGCACAGUUCGAAUCUGGGAUGCUGGACAUGCCGAUGAACUCGAGAAUAGCACUGUUCUGCAAGUCGAUGUUGCUAGAGCUCUAGCCCGAUACGGCGAUGUCAAUAUUACGACCGUGAGUAUGGGAAGCAACACUGGCGAAUUUGCAGUCGGUACCGCUACUGGCGAGGUUGUCAUUUACAGGUGGGGUGGCAACAAGCUAUAUGGCCGAGAAGCGCCCCAAGCUGUAGAGACCGUGCCUGGAGGCAUCACGGAUAUCUCUACUCGUGCAGAACCUCCACUUAAAGAAGGUCUGCAGCCUUUCGUCCUCUACGAUAUGGCACAAGGACCAAUCACUACACUCAAAAUCUCUGACGUGGGUUUUGUUGGUGUGGGAUCAGAAGGUGGAGUCUUCUCAAUCAUCGACCUCCGUGGGCCCGCUGUUAUAUUUAAAUCUUCAAUGGCAGAUUUUGCUAAAGCGGAUAAACGAGGCAGUUUCGUCAAGAAAGGUAGCGGUUCAGCGUCAGGGAAAGAUUGGCCAACGGUUAUCGAAUUCGGAGUCAUGACCCUGGAAGGAGAUAAUUACUCGAGUAUCGCUUGCUUUGUUGGCACGAAUAUAGGCAAAGUCCUCACUUUCAAGAUUCUUCCUCAACCAAAUGGUGGUUAUACUGCUCAGUUUGCUGGUGUUACUGCACUUGCGGACAAGAUUAUCUCCAUUGCGCCGAUUGUAGCAGAUACUGGGAAGCCUGCUGCUGCCACGGGCCCAGCAGUUGCUGCACUUAGAAGCGGCCAACAGACGCAUGGUACACUCGUAGUUGUCACCCAAACAGAGGUACGGAUCUUCAAGCCAGCGACAGCCAAAGGUGCGCACAAGUCCUGGGACGACUUCCUCUGUGAUGCUGCCACCGUCACAGAGUUUGAUGACCACGGCUUUGCCCUCGUUGGUGUCUUUGGCGACGGCACAACAAAAGCCUAUUCCCUCCCAGGUCUAAAAGAAAUCGGCGUCUCCAAACUCGGCAUGCUCGACAGAACAAGAACAACAAGCACAGUUGUCACCUCAUCAGGAGACAUAAUCGGCUGGACCGGUCCUUCAGAAAUUGCCAUGAUCAGCGUCUGGGGCACCGGCCAACCCCUCCCUAAAUCCCAAGACAAGCUCUACAACCCCCAAUCUGUCGUCCCCUCUCGCCCAACAAUCUCCAACCUACAAUGGAUUGCCGGCACUCAAUACGUGAGUCCCACGGAUCUAGAUCUUCUCAUCGGAGGUCCCGACCGGCCGCCGAGCAAGCGCAUGAUGGCUGCGGCUGCAGAAGAGGAUCGUCUAGCUAGACUCGGCUCUCCUGGCUCUUCGCGAAUACCGGGAUCCCAGUCAACUGAGGGCUGGGGAGAGUAUAUGACGAGGCAACUGAAUGAGAGGACGGAGAAACUGAAUAUUAUGGGGGAUAGCAUGGAUAAGGUGCAGGAGAAUAGUGCCGGGUGGGCGGAUGAUGUGAAUAAGUAUAUCUCGAAGCAAAAGCGGAAUCUAGUUCUUGGAGGGAUUACGGGGAAGUGGUUUUAGAGUUCUGGACUUGGCGUUCAGGGAAGGCGCUGCGGUUUGCUUCGUGUUGGGAUCGGGGAUGGGAACUGGGUGAAUGAGGAGAGAUGAAAACCUCACUUCUCGGGAAUGGUAUGCAUUUCAAUUCUUUCAUCAAUGGCCAGGCUGUUAUACCAUCUUUGUUGUUAUUUACGGAUUUCAUUGAUCAGGUGGAUUCACUUCUCAGCGUAGCCGGGCCAGAAUGUUUUCAAAAAGCAUCCACCCCGCUUGGCCUGCACUUUUAUAUCUUGUCACUGACUUUCCGCACAAUGUUCAGACGAUUUCGUCACCUUCCCCUACUAAAAUCCAAUCAUGGCCGCUCUUCUUUACAGCAUUCAGAUUCUCCUA